CUCGACUUUCGGUUCAUCCCACAUCGACAAAUUUGCUUACGAAAAAUGACCCACUUCGAGCUUUCAUUGAUCCUAGAGGGCGAUGGGGAGGAGGAGGAGGAGGAAGAGGGCGAUGGAGGGGAGGAGGACGGGGAAGAGGGCGAUGGAGGGGAGGAGGACGGGGAGGAGGGUGAUGGAGGGGAGGAGGAGGAGGAAGAGGGCAAUGGGGAGAAGGAAGACGACGAUGGGGGGGAGGCGGAGGAGGAAGAGGGCGAUGGGGAGGAGGGCGACGAGGAAGAGGGCGAUGGGGAGGAAGACGAAGAUAAGGAGGAGGAGGGAGAGGGCAAUGGGGAGGAGGAGGAGGAGGAGGAGGAGGAGGAGGAAGUGGGCGAUGGGGAGGAGGAGGACGAGGACGAGGAAGAGGGUGAUGGGGAGGAGGAGGAGGAAGAGGGCAACGGGGAGGAGAGAGUCCACUUACCAGCGAUGGCUGCAACAGCAGGCCGCCACGACGAUGGCGACAACGGCACUCCACCCCGGGCGAUCUCCACCCCGCCCACUGCAUCCCUGCACACCGUGCUUGGCCCCGACGGGCUAUCCCAGCCCACCCCAGGCCUAUGGGCCCAAAAUUGCUCCCCCAAGCCACCCGGUUUUAUCACGUACGCUGGCCCCGAAAACGGGUACACACGUACACGUACGCGGCACUUACGCGCGUACGUGUGCGCGUAUGCUGAGCACUCGUACGUGUACACGGUACUAGCCAAGUAAAAAACGAGAAUCAUUUGAACAGGUAUAGGUAGGCAAGGUCGUUCGGGAUAGAAAGGGUCAUUCCUUGCGGGAAGAUUAAGUCCAUUUGACCUCAUCUACUUUAUUUCAAUCGUAUUCAUUCUACGACACACGCCGAACAAUCUUUUUCAAACCAACGAGUUUUUUUUUUUGAACAAUCAGGCAGGUAAAAGGUAGAAAAAAGACAAUUCAUUCCUUCAUCUCAAUUAGGCAUAAUCAAUCUCCUUUGUAAGC